CUGAGAGACAGAAAAGACUUUUUAACGUCCAGUUGUGGUGGAUUUUCUGCGCUACCCGAGUGUUUACAUGUGCAAGAACCGGUUAAGUGCUAAAGGAAGAGUAGUCCAUUAGUGAACUAUGACGAUUCUACCUAAGAAAAAGCAGUCAAAAGAAAAGAAUGACUCGGAGACCCAAGAACAUUCACUAGGUCACAGUCACACGGUUCUCGGCCAUCACCCGUCACCGAAUGAUCCCCGGCACGAUAGACACGGACGUUCGAGGACCUCGCCCCCAUUGUGGCAUGCCACACCCGCCAGGGAUGAUAAAAUGACAGCCUGUGACCCUGGUGGGGGCUUUGAAGCAGGUCACGACAGUAGUGCUAAUCAUAAUAAAAGACGCCAUCGUUCGUCCCCACAUCGAAAUGUACGAAAACAUCGUGGGCACGGGUCCACUUCGCAUGCUGCCCAUACGCCUGUCAAAGGGUCGGUGGGUGGGGCGGGGGUACCCCUGUCUGGCCAGGCCGAAUAUGAGGGGCCAGAGGCGGACUACAACAGUGGGGACGAGCACCACGGCCCCCCAGACUCGUGUGGCACUGAUGUUGGGGAGUUGGAAAGAGUGUUUGAGCAAACUCUCAAAGAGAAAAAGGGUUUCAUGGUGAAGAAAAUGGGUGAAGAUGGUGCCUGUCUUUUCCGGGCAGUAGCUGACCAGGUUUACGGAGAUCAGGACAUGCAUACUGUUGUGAGAAAACAUUGUGUGGAUUAUAUGGCUAAAAACAGAGACUACUUUCAACACUACGUUACAGAAGAUUUUGCCACGUACCUUAAUCGCAAACGAAUGGAGAAUUGCCACGGCAACCAUGUUGAGAUGCAAGCUAUGUGUGAAAUUUACAACCGCCCCAUAGAAGUCUACCAAUACAGUAUAGAGCCCAUCAACACCUUUCACAGUUCAUAUAAGACAGAUAAUGAGCCAAUCCGGAUUAGUUAUCAUAGAAAUGUUCAUUACAACUCUGUCGUUGAUCCCUAUAAACCAACUGUGGGUGUUGGCCUUGGUCUGCCAGGAUUCCAGCCUGGGCUGGCAGAUAAGAACUUAAUGAGGGAUGCAGUGAGAUUGUCUGAGGACACACAUCUAGAAAAGACAAUGUUACAGGACAAGUUGCGAGAGACAGAUUGGGAGGUCACACAGGACACCAUAGAAGAACAGGUUGCCAGAGAAUCUUACCUUCAGUGGCUUAGAGAUCAGGAGAAGCGUGCAAAAAGACAAGGUUCGCCACGCUCUGCUAGUGCCACCUGUAGUUCGGCCAGCGAGCAUAGCCAGCAGAUGGAGACUGCAGGGUCACCGGACACACGUGGAGGUCGCUCUCCCCGUAGCCGAAGUGCUGCAAACUCAGCCCAGAACAGUCCCAACAGGAUGGAGAGUGACUCAGUUCCAGGCUCACCCAGUGCCACACUAGUUCUACCUCUCCCAAGUUCUGCCAUUCCCCGUUCUCCUCCUUCAAUAGGUGUUCAAGGAGCAGUUGGCGGCACCACCCCACCAAAGACGACAGAGAAGAGUUCAGACUUUCAGGAGACAACAUCUAUGAUGAACCAUUUUCCUUCUUCCAUGUAUGAGUGGGAUGAGGAUGACAUACUGGCACAGGUUAUUGCCCAGUCUCAACAGGAGUACUUGGAUUCCCUGAAGAAAAAUGCCACAAACUCAGCCAGUAACUAUAGCAAUGAUGGUGCUUGCCAUUUUCCUAACCUGUAUGGGCCUAGCACUUCCACAUGUAAUGAAGGUUGGAGUGGUAAUAGCUAAUACACACCUCAUAAUACAUGUACAUAAUUUUUGUUUCUUGUUAAAGUCUUGUUAAUGUUCCUAUAUUUCUACACCUUUUUUCAUAACUUAUGUCAUUGUGGUUUAAAUAUCGCCCUGAUGUGUUGCUUUGGUAUAAUUACUAAUGCAAACAAAGUAAGCAGCAAGUCAAUUUUGAAAGUAAAACAAGAAGUAUAGAAAGGAAGAACCAAAAGAAAACAAAAAUAGGAAAAAAAAAAAAAGAGGAAAAAUUAUCUGAAGUAAAAAAAAAAAAAAACUUGUUGGUAUCACAGAUUGUAUAAAAUGUUCCUGUUGCGAGCUUGUGAAUGUUGAGCAAAAGGGACUGUAGGACCUUUUUUUAAUCAUUUCUUAUUUCUCUGAUGUGGGUUGGAUAAAAAAGUACAGUGAAAAUCACAAUCUCUAUUUAAGAACUCAAUGUGUUCAACAGUGCUAUUUGUUUGUUUUUUUUUCCUUUGAGAUUGGCCAUUCAGACCUCAAGUUUUCUUGUAAAAAGAGAUUUACUUUUGGAGGAUGUAUCAUGCAACUGCCUUUCAAGAGAUCUGUAUUUAAUUCAUUCAUUUGAAUAAAUCAUGGGUUGCUUUUGUGAACAGAUUAAGUUAUGUGUCAUUAUUAAGUCUUCAUGGGAUAAUGUUACUUACAUGUGGCACACAGUGUAAUGUGAAUAGACGUGUUAAAUCAGUUUUCAUCGCGAACUUCAUAUCUAGCUUUUUAAGAUUAAUACCAUAGUACCAACAGUGAACAGGGUGCUGUACACAAACACAGAAACAAGUUUGCAGUUCUAAAGAGGCCGUGAAUUAUCUUGUGAUACGUCAACUCAAAGGCUGAUCAAGUAUAUUGGAAAAUUACAAUUUUGCAGUUGUGCCUUGGUGGGUAAAAGUUGAAUCAGAAUACAUUUCCAACUCUAUUUUAAA